AUGGGGGGCUCGUGGCUGCUGUUCUGGCCGUGCGGCUGGGGCCUGGCGCAGGCGGCGCCGGCCGGCUGUCUGCCCGACCCCACCCUCCUGGCCGUGUACGCCGCUGGUGCGUUCGUCAUGCGCGGCGCCGGCUGCACCAUCAACGACAUGUGGGACAGGGACAUCGACAGCAAGGUGGAGCGGACGCGGAGCCGACCCAUCACCAGCGGCCGGGUAUCGGUGCUGGACGCGCUCGUGUUCCUCUCGGCCCAGCUGUCGGUGGGCGCGCUGCUGCUCCUCCAGCUCAACUGGCCCACCAUCCUGCUGGGCGUCUCUUCUCUAUCCCUGGUGCUGCUGUACCCGCUGAUGAAGCGCGUGACGCACUGGCCGCAGCUGGUGCUCGGGCUCACCUUCAACUGGGGAGUGCUGAUGGCAUGGGCGUCUGCUCAGGGGGCCGUGGACUGGCCGGCCGCGCUGCCCCUGUACGCCGCGGGUGUGUGCUGGACGAUCGUCUAUGAUACCAUCUACGCACACCAGGACAAGGCCGACGACCUGGCGCUGGGUAUGAAGUCGACCGCGCUCCGGUUCGGGGACGCCACUCCGCGCUGGCUGGCAGGGUUCUCUGCUGCCAUGAUGACCAGCCUGGUGGCUGCCGGUGUGGCGGCGGGACAGAGCUGGCCCUACUACCUGGGUCUCGGUGCAGUCGGUCUGCAUGUCGGAAAUCAGGUGCGGACAUUGCGGAUAUACGACGCCGCCGACUGCGGGGACAAGUUUCGCUCCAACCGGUACGUGGGCCUGCUGCUGUUCCUGAGCAUCGUCGCUGGACGGUGGGUGGGGAACAGGGAGGGAGAUCCCUCGGCCGCUGAGAACUCAGCCCCCUCCGCCGCUUCUGCCCUGGGCGCCUCCACAGUAGCAGCGGCUUCAGCCUCCGCGCAGAGCUCAGACGCGUAG